GUUGUUUUAUGUAAGAUUUUCAAAUUUUAUGCUUAUAGGCUUCAGGACGUCAUUGGAGUUCCAUUAAACUAUGAUAUAUAAUGGUUCAGGAAGGUGAUUGCAAGAUAACCUCCAGACUUCCAAUAGAAUGGCAAGGUCUUAUGAAACAACUUUUGAUGUCAUUGGAAAGGGGAAAUAUUUGGUUUAUUGAGGAGACAUCAUCCAAGUAUGGUAGUCAACCUGUGUGGUAUAAACUGUUGCAAGCCUUGAUCAAAUGUGAACCUUGUAUUGUUGAAGACAAGCUUGUAUUCAAACCAAUAUUUCUGUUGUUACCAGAGAUGCUACAGGAAAGACUGUUGGAGUUUCUUCAGUACCAGUCAUACCUUAUUCCAGACCAAGAUAUUAAAGAGUUUAUUAUUGGUCUGAUGAAACAUACAGAUGUUCAUUCAAAUUUAUAUCAACAACUUCGUUGUUUGUUCAGGAAAACAAAGUUAGAGGAGGAUUUAUUUACAGAAGUAGAAACUGUAUUAAAACCUAGAGCUAUUGACACAUGUCCAGAAAAGGCUGAAAGUCCUACAGAAGAAAUGAUAGAGAUUGGGUCCCAAGAAAGUGUGAUAAUUUUAGAUGAUGAUGACGACGAUGGGGAACCAGCACAAAAAAAAAGAAAAACAAAGAAGGAUUGUUCCGAACUUCAAGAAAAAGAUGACUGUCAAACUGUUUCUAUGGAAACAAGUGAUAAAAUACAUACUAGUACUAAUGUUGUAGAAAAUGAUGAUAAACACAUUGACGAGUCAUCAUUGAAGGUUAUUGAUGGAAAGGAAGCUUUGGUAUACAAGAUCAAAGAAAUCUGGCAAAACUGUAUCCAUGAUCAAGCAAACGAAGGGUUGAGUGAAAUAUCAAAAUUGUCACUAAAAGAAAUUGAAGUGUUUUGUAAAAUGAUUGACUUUGAUAGCAUGUCUGAUGAUUCCAUAGAAUUAGUUUGUCAACAUUUAUCGGGGGUUAGUGACUCUUUAAGCUAUAGCAGUGCCGUCUGCAUCUUGACCUUUGUUCUAGGUCAUAGGAUUUUGCAGCUAUCCCAGAAUGCCUCUAGAAAGUUACUUGGGGCUAUCACUGUAGUGUCACAAAAUUUCCCAAAACAGACAGUUGAAAGUGUAUUAGUGCCGUGCAUGAUGCAGGAUGAAGUCCCAUCAUUCCAAAUUGAGAUUUUGUGUAAAACGUUAAAGGACUGCUUAAGUGCAACAACAAGAGGCUAUUUUAUUCAAAAAGUAUUACAGAAUAAUUUCAUUCUUACUGAGCACAAAAUAACAAUUCUUCAGACAGUUGUUGAUAGUGGAUGUGAUUUAUCGUACAAUGUGUUUUCAAGUUUAUUACAAUGUUUAAAUGAGGCAUCCGUUUCGAUGGCUAAGAAUUUGAAGUUUGGAAAGCUUUUGUUUGCCCUAGUGAAUAAACAUAGUAAACUCUUCGACCAGGAAUUAAAAAUUAAGGCUGAACAAAUUAUUGAUAAACAUAACACUUUUUUAAAGAAAAGUAUUCAGUCUUCAUUGAAUAAACUUAAAUUUGUGUAA